AUGCCGCCAUUUCCAGGCGAAGAAACACUGGCUACAGUGUACGCCGAUUUACAUUCCUACUUCACAGCUCCCAGCCCUCGGCCAGCCCUCCAUCGCUUCGACAAAGCCUCCUACUUCUACAUCUACUACAAUUCCACCAGGCAGACCAGUCGGGUCGAAGCCGCGAUCAAUGCUGGAACACCUGACCAGACCGCCUUCAACGGCUUUCUAGACAAUGUCAAGGUGAUUCAUUGCCACAGAUUCCCGACAAGAGUGACGCUGUUGGUCGAUGGAGACACCACCAACACUUCGCCCACUUCUCCCCGAACAGCGAGAGAUCCGGACGAAUGGCGUCUUGCCAGUUCAGAUCCGCGAGAUCCAGGCACCUCCAAAUACAAGAUACACACCAUCGACAUCUAUCUCUGGAAUCAGGAUGACUCGAAACUGGUCCUGGACAUCUUCAAGAGACUCCUCCGGCGCAAUCAGCUGGACAUUGGAGGGGUCGAGGAAGAGCUGCCCCACCACGACAUGGUGAGUCCAGUGGUUCAAAAUCUGGAGAAUGUGGCUAUAUCCGAUCCGCCGUACAAAGAUUGGCAGUAUGAACACGCCUCAGGACCUCUACACAAGCCCGUUCAGUCACCAUCCCCGGCUGCCGUUGCUAACCGGCUCUCUGCUACCGGUCAAGCACCGUCAAUCUCGCCCGCCUCAGCCGCUGCCAAACAUGCACCAGUGAAUGACUAUACACCACUGGCUUAUAAUCCAGCAGCGCCAGCCGCACCAGAACCUAUUGCGCAUAGAGAGGACACGCCUCCUCCAGUCGACGCCGCCGACGGGACAGGCCUGACCGCCGCCGCCAGGCAUGACAACCCAUACGCCCUUCCGCAGCAUCCACAAACGUUCGGUGGUCCACCAAUUGUGGCUCCUGGCGCGUAUGGGCAUUAUGGCUCUCCGCCACCACCGUCGGCGCCCUCAUUUGGGCCUCAUGCGACCACAUCACCCGCGCCGUCCUUCGGACCUCAGGCCGCAGCGACAGUGCCACCACCAUCCUUUGGCUCUCACGCUUCGUCGACGCCACUGCAGUCCUCACCUCAGACAUCUGUGUCUACAAACUUCGCACCACCCCCAACAAGUGCGGCAGGUUCCGACAGUAGCCGCCAUCCAUCAACGGCUGCCCAGACAUAUGUACCGCACGGGCAGGAUCCAAACUCUCACAUCUUUGGCCAGCCGCCAGUGCAGACCCCCGGCACACAAUUCUACCAAUCAAUCAAUGACCAGCCGCAUAAACCACUGCAACAUGUACAACCACAGUAUCCAGACUACCUGGCCGCCGGGCAAGCCCCGGCUCCAGCCGCGCCUCCGCUAGGGGGAUACUCUACGUACAACUAUGGCCAAGCGCAACCGCCCCAACCUGCUGCUACAGGUGGCUACGAUAUCCACAACCAAGUCUACCGACCUACCGAAUCGGAACAUCACACCCACCACCACAGUAGUAAACCCUCGAGGAGUUCGAAUUCGCAGCGCAAGCCCACUCACACGGAGAAGAUCGAGAAAGGGAUCGGCAAGUGGAUCAAGAAGGUUGAGAAGAACUUUGGAUGA